AUGUGGAUAAUAUUACUUUUCAUUAAUUUGAUAAUAUUUGACAUCACUACUACUGAUGUCUUUUCCAGUCAUCCACUACUGAAAUCUGCUAAUGUUAUUUGUACAGAAAAUGGAAUUACUGCAAAUAUCAAAUUCAAUCGGUUUUUUGACGGUACAAUAUAUUCUGCUGAAUAUUCUACCAAUCUGGAUUGCAUCUAUCAUAAUAGAAGUGAUAUGCCGAUUCUUGCAAUUGAAUUUACUAUACCGUUAAAUAAAUGUGGUACAAGAAUAGCUAGGAAUACAAGAAAUAUAGUGGAUUUAAUCGAAAAUCUUGUUUGCAUUCAAAUGGAAGCGAAACAAUCUCAAGCAUCCAUUAAUCAUCAUUUUCUACUUACUUGUCAAUUGGUACCUCAAGUAGGUAUACCUUUAAUCCAAACUCAGGAUGGAAAAACUUCACUACUGGUAACGAAUCAAACGAAUUUAUGGAAAAAGAUUCCAGAAUAUGGUUUUUCCGAGCAAAAGAUGAAAUCUGAAUUUGAUCUUGAAAACAACUGGGGCAACUGGCCUAUUGAUUCAAAUUUAACUCCCAAUGAGCCACUUCCUGACAUCAUGUUUGCUAAUUCUGAGGAAAAUUUUCAAAACGGCUCACUCGAAUUAUUAUCGACAACUGAAGAGACAUUGUUAAUUAACACAUCAUCAAUCACUGCUUCUACCAGCACUAAUAUUAAUAUUGCAUCUAGUAAAAAUCCCAAUAUUUUAAUGAAAGUUCUAGAGGUAAUAAGACUUUGGCCUAAAUUUUCAAAUAAAACAACUCCAAAAAUUGAUGCAAAUAUUUCAACAACAAUAGCAAUGGAUACAAAAUUUCGAUCAAAUUCGACUUCCAAAUGGAAAAGAAGAUUGGAAUCAGUUCGGAUAUAUGCUACACAAUUACCAAAUCAAAAACCAAUAACUGCUAAUACGCCAGUAUACAUGGAAAUAAGACAUACUAAUGAAAUACCUUUUGGAAGUAAAAUAAAUGGUCCUGUUCAAAUCGGUGAAAAUAUUUCAUUGGUAAUACGAAGCAGGUCACAUAAUUCAGAAAGUGAUACCUACAACUUCUUUGUUCAUUCCUGUUACGCUAGUGAUAAGCAAGGCUUAGAAAAACUUCUGCUUAUUGAUCAGUUUGGGUGCACAGUGCAACCGAAAUUAACCGGACAAAUGAUUCGGAUGAAAAGCGCAGAGCAAACCUACUAUUAUUUCUGGGUCAGCGCCUUUAAAUUUCCUGGACCUGAUGAUGUUUAUUUCACAUGUGCUAUUGAUAUUUCACAAAAUAAAAGCUUUCCGGAAGGAUGUGGAAAAGAGGAAAAUGAAUCUCGUAGGUGGCGUGCUUUUAAUGGCGAUAUAAUAAAUUACACUGAAUAG